CUGCACACCAAGUGCCUAGAACCACUGACACAAUGCUCCAAAACCUCACGGCAUACAUCACCAAGGACGGAGACUAUCCUGUUGCUCGUGGUGGGUUUGGUGAGAUUUGGAAAUGUACCUAUUCCAUAGAUCGGGGAUCUACCAAGGUUGCAGUGAAAGCAUUGCAGGUGUACGCUGCUGAUCAACUUGGUCCACCGAAAACGAAAAAGAUCAAGAGAAUAACGCGUGAACUCAAAAUAUGCGCCAACCUCAAGCACAAAAAUAUUCUCCCCGUCUAUGGUUAUACUAAUGGAUUCGGCCCAUUCAUAGCGCUGGUCAGUCCUUGGGCAGAGAAUGGGAACCUGACCGCCUAUUUGGAGCGUGUAGGUGCGACUCUUACUGUCCUCAGACGAUUCGAGAUCCUCAGGGAUAUCAUAGCUGGUCUUCAAUAUCUUCACCUCAACAGUGUCAUCCAUGGCGACUUCACUGGUCCUAAUGUGCUCAUCCAUGGCGAUGGUACUGCGUGUAUUGCCGACUUCGGUCUCUCCUUAAUGUAUUCGGAGGUUAUAAGCGCCUCGCAGGCUUCCUGGACGUCCACGCUCAAAGGAAACAUGCGAUGGAUGGCUCCUGAGCUACUUGUACCAGAGCAGGAGGACGGAUCUCCAACACGGCCGAGCGAGCAGAGCGACAUGUAUUCAUUUGGCGGUAUCAUGUUGCAGGUUCUCACCAACAAGAUUCCUUAUUAUUACCUGCCGAAUGAUGCCACUAUUGUCCUAUGCAUCGCCAGGUCGGAAAAGCCUUCCCGAACUCGUUAUCCUUCGCUCCCUGACGAUUACUGGUUGUUCGUCGAGCAAUGUUGGUCUACUCAUCCUUGGGACCGGCCAUCGACAGAGGGAGCUGACGGAGCGAUCAAGAAUGAAUUGUAUGCGCUGUCCAGAUCUCAUUGAUCCUUGAACUGUCUUGCAUAUCAUCACCUGUUUACGGUACAAUCGAAUAGAUAGACAGCAUGAGGCUUGGUGUGCUAUGCUACUUAGGCCUUAGGUAUAGUCAACGUAGGCUUAUCCCGUACUUUGAUUGUACCGUAAUACUGUAGUUGCAUGUACUAGUACUGGCUUUCCCCGGGCCAAGGCAGGUCUAUUAACUCUCCCACUCCCC